AUGACUUUACCGCCGGGGGACUCUGGGGGCCAACGGGCCCCCGACCCAGUUAAGUAUAUGUAUUUUAAUUGUUUACAAAAAACUCAGGGAAUGUGCGAUUUUUUUAGCCCACUUGACCAAAGUAUUCACUAUAAUGCUAUCUUUGACAAAUGGAAUGAAGAUGACUACUGCGAAGGGUUCACCCUAUUCAAUAAUAGUUGCAUUUUUGACGCCGAUCGUGAUAAUCGUGAUUCACAAAGGCUUCAUCAAUAUAACAGCGAGGACUAUAGCGCUUUUGACUCGGGCGAGUAUCAGGAAGCUGAUUUUAUAUCGCCACCAUCUGCACCUCCGCUUUCUCAGCAAUGCAAUCCUUCUGAUUUGACCAAGGAAAACCAGGAUGUGCUACGAAUCUUUUACCAAAAUGUACGAGGACUCCGAACUAAAAUAGAUGACGUUUACCUGGCGAUUUCAGAGAACGAUUAUGAUGUAUAUGUACUAACAGAGACUUGGCUCGAUAGUCGUAUCAAUUCAUUGCAACUAUUCGGCGAUUCAUACACUGUCUUUCGCACUGAUCGCAACUCAAACAACAGCGUUCGUCAACGCGGUGGCGGCGUAUUAAUUGCUGUUUCCACGUCGUUCGUUUGCUCUCAAAUAACCGAAGUAGUUCCGGUCUGGCUUGAAACGCUCCUUGUAAAAAUAGCUAUUGAUACCCAACAUGUUUUUAUCGCGGUGCUUUACAUUUCACCUGAGAAACGUUUAGACUGCGACGUUAUGCGAGCUCAACUGGAGGUGUUUGAAGCUGCUACUACUAGGAUGAGGACGCAUGAUACAUUUUUGAUACUUGGUGACUUUAACCAACCAAAUUUAGUUUGGAAAAACUAUGCGCAAGACUAUGCGAUUGCAGAUCCAAUUGAGUCUGUUUUUACGCCCGCUAGUCGAACGCUGCUUGAUGGUGUCGCCUUUUUGGGACUCAGACAAAAAAAUGUUGUUUGCAACCACCAAUCGCGUUGCUUGGAUCUUGUUUUUGUUAACAAAGAUUGUUGUUCUAAUUGCCUUGUCUCGGAAGCACCAGAAACGAUUGCUGUACUUGACGUGUUUCAUCCUGCUCUAUGCGUAGAACUGACUGCCCAACGGAUUGUUGAAUUUAUGGACGAGCAAAAUUUGAACCAACUGGACUACCGCAGAACGAACUCAGUGUUGUUACGUGACCUGCUGUUACAAGUAGAUUGGAGUGUGCUAGAGCAGUUCACUGAUGUCAAUGAUGCCGUCGCCUUCUACAAUCAGAUAAUGAUGGACUGCGUAUUGAUUGCUGUACCCCCUCGUCGAGCUCCCAGAAAACCUCCAUGGUCCAACGGCAAGCUUCGUCACAUGAAAAGAAUCCGGGCGAGGGCUCUUCGAGCUUACACUCGGCAACGUUGCCCAUUCUUGAAACAUAGCUUUACCAUAGCCAGCAACAGAUAUCGCAACUAUAACAAGUUUCUCUACAAUCUUCACAUUCGUUCUACGCAGCAAAGUUUGAGACAAAAUCCAAGAAAAUUUUGGAAGUUCGUUAAUACGAAGAGAAAACAAAAUGGCCUACCUUCGACUAUAUUCCUCGAUGGUGUGACUGCUACAUCGCCCAUCGACAAGUGCAACUUAUUUGCACAGCACCUUUCAAGCGUUUUCAGUAGCACACCGAUUACCGUUGCACAAAUUGAACAAGCUCUGACCAAUGUGCCACCAGAAAUUAUAAGUAUGGACAUUUUAAGCGUAAGCGAACAGCUCGUUGUUUCCGCCACCAGUAGAGUAAAACCAUCCUUUUCGCCUGGCCCUGGUAUAAUUCCUACGGCUAUUAUGAAAAGAUGUGCCGAUGUUAUAGCUGCCCCGUUAACCUGGCUCUUCAAUUUAUCUUUCCAUCAACAGUGUUUCCCCAUUGCUUGGAAACAAUCUUGCAUGUUGCUGGUUUUCAAGAAGGGUGAUAAAUCCAACGUAGUAAAUUAUAGAGGAAUAACCUCUCUAUGCGCGGAAUCAAAAAUUUUUGAGACGAUUGUCAACGAAGCGUUAUCUGCUGCCUGCCGAAAUUAUAUAAGAAUGUUAGCGCCAAAGCGCAAGUAG